GGCUGGGGGAGACCAAACAGAGCCUGCUCCCCCUCGGCUCGUCUGUAAGGCCAGCAGCCAGAUAGCUGUCUAUGGCCUGGAGGGUCCAGCCUCAGCGGGUCCCUUUCUCCUGAACAUUGGAAUUAUGACCCUUGGGAGGUGACCCAGGAGAGAAGGGAUGCACGCCUUUGGUCCUCCCAAUGAGGGUCGCCUCCAAGGACUGGUGGCCUCCCGCAUUGAGACCUAUGGGGGCCAGCUUCGGGCCUCCACCCCGAGUACUCCUGGUAGCCUCUAUCCCCGAGGAGGCCCUGUGCUGGAUCCCAGUGGCCGACACCUCCAAGGCUAUGUCCACUUUACCAAGGGUUCUGGCCCAGCCCGAGGCCUGUCUCCCCUAAGGCUGCGAGAACCAGAGCCUGAGAAGAGGCAUGGAGGCCCCUUUGGGGCUGGGACACCUCACUUCCCCAAACUCAAGGAAGUCACCAGAGCCCACGAGCUGGAGGUGCGGCUGCACACUUUUAGCAUGUUUGGAAUGCCCCGCCUGCCCCCAGAGGACCGGCGGCGCUGGGAGAUCGGAGAGGACAGUGACAGCCGCCUGGCCAUUGAGAAGUCCUGGAAGGAGCUGGUGCCUGGGCACAAGGAGAUGAGCCGGGAGCUCUGCCACCAGCAGGAAGCGCUGUGGGAGCUACUGACCACGGAGCUCAUCUACGUGCGGAAGCUCAAGAUCAUGACGGAUCUCCUAGCCGCCGGUUUGCUGAACUUGCAACGAGUGGGGCUGCUGACGGAAGUGUCAGCUGAGACCCUGUUUGGAAAUGUCCCCAGCCUGAUCCGAGCCCACCGGAGCUUUUGGGAAGAGGUGCUGGGGCCCACCCUGCAGGAGACGCGAGCCUCGGGCCAGCCUCUGGACCCUGUCAGUCUGCAAAGCGGCUUCCUGUCGUUCAGCCAGCGCUUCCAGCCCUACGUCCUGUACUGCCUGCGAGUGAAGCAGACCAUGGCCUACGCCUGGGAGCAGCAGGACAACAACCCUCUCUUCAACACCUUCGUGCAGUGGUGUGAGAAGCACAAGCGCUCGGGGAGGCAGAUGCUGGGGGACCUCCUCAUCAAGCCCCACCAGCGCAUCACCAAGUACCCACUGCUGCUCCAGGCUGUGCUCAAGAGGAGCCCCGAGGCCCGCGCCCGGGAGGCCCUGACGGCCAUGAUCGCAGCGGUGGAGUCAUUCCUCCGACACAUCAACAAGGAGGUGCGCCAGGGCGAAGAGCAGGAGAGCUUGGUGGCCGCAGCCCAGCGCAUCGGGCCCUACGAGGUCCUGGAGCCGUCCAGCGAGGAGGUGGAGAAGAACCUGCGUCCAUUCUCCACGCUGGACCUGAUGACCCCCAUGCUGGGGGUUGCUUCUGAGCACACCAGGCAGCUGCUGCUUGAGGGGCCUGCGCGCAUGAAGGAGGGACGAGAAGGGAAGCUGGAUGUGUACCUGUUCCUCUUCUCUGAUGUGCUCUUGGUGACCAAGCCCCUUCGCAGGGCAGACAAAGCCAAGGUUAUCCGCCCGCCCCUCAUGCUGGAGAAGCUUGUGUGCCGACCGCUCCGAGAUCCAAGCAGCUUCCUGCUUAUCCACCUCACCGAAUUCCAGUGCGUCUCCAGCGCCCUCACUGUGCACUGUCCCACCGCUACAGACCGUGCCCUGUGGCUGGAGAAGACCCAGCAGGCCCAGGUCACCCUGCAAAAGCUGAAGGCAGAGGAGUACAUCCAACAGAAGAGGGAGCUCCUGGCCCUCUAUCAGGACCGGGAAAGGGAGGCCCCAGGCCCCAGGCCCGCCACGCCUUCCGCGGAAGGCUCUGAGAGCAGCACAGAGGGAAGUAACUCUAGGACUCCUGAGUCCUCGACCAUCAUCCCCCAGCUGGUGGUGACAGAAGACACAGAUGAAGAUGCUCCCUCGGUACCAGAUGAUACCUCGGACUCUGGCUAUGGCACUCUGGUCCCAGGCUCCCCCAAGGCGUCCCACUUCCUGCCAAACCGUCUACGCUCCAGGGCCCUUCGGCGGGACCCUCGCCUUACUUUCUCCACCCUGGACCUCCGAGAUGCUCCUUUGCAUCCCCAGCCUCCUGACCCCCAAGCUCCCCAACGCCGAAGCGCCCCUGAGCUGCCAGAGGAGAGUGUCCAGAAAGGAGGCAGCCUUCCCAGGGGAGACCCACCGACCUCGUCUGAGGAAGAAGACAGGACCUCGGUUGGAGAGAAUGUGGUAGUGGAAACCUUUCAUAGCUCCCGACUUCGGGGGCAGCUCUCCCCCUCCCCGACCCACACUGACUCUGCUGGGGAAAGCCCCUGGGAAUCCUCAGGGGACGAGGAAGAAGAGGGGCCCUUCCUGGGACCCAGCUACAGCCCCUCCCCUCAUCCGCUCCGGGCCGAGGACAUGCUCCGAGAGAUCCGGGAGGAACUGGCCAGCCAAAGGAUUGAGAGAGUCCCCUGGGGAGAGCCUGGGGACAGCAGACCUCGGAAGCUGACUCAGGUCCAACUGCAGAGGAUGCGGGGGCUUCACAUCAUACACCUGGACACGCCCCUGUCCACAUCAGAUGUGUGAGGGAAUACCUCCCUGAGAGCGCUGGUCACCACCUCCACCCCUGGAUUCUACCUCAAGGACACUUCCCCAGGCACCCUGCCCUUCCUGCUCUGAGGACUUUGGGGAUCAAGAGCUGUGCAUUGAUGUGUCACAGACACACCAGAGUCCCACAUAAAGUUGUACAUAAAGA